AAGCAUCAACGACCACCACUAUGCCAACCAAAUAGCGUUUCUCUUUCUUUCUCUUGUGUUGCUUCGUUUCUUUCCUGUUCACUUUGUGUUUGUGCUUCUUUUUGAGCCCGUUUUGUGCUGCCGUUUGCUGCCGACAAUCGAAUUGACAAGCAAAAAAAAUGUUCACUGUACCUUUUUUUGUCGCAUACUUUGCGUUGAAUUUAUUUCUCAGAUUACGUUUAAAUGCUGAAAUCGUUUUAUUUAUGGCAAAUUUAAAAACUUGCUGUUGUCUGCCUCUGCUAUGCUCACGACAAUACAGCUAAAAAUUAGCGUCGCCGUCGCGUCAAAUUUUUGCUUUAGAAUUUUUUAGAUAACUCUAAGGCCGUACAUUCUUGUCGUAUAGUGUACGGCGUGGUUUUAUAUGAUAAAAAAGAUUUAACUUUUGUUAUUUGUAUAAAUUUGUUCAAUGAUUUUAUAACAACUUCCACAAAUUAAGUGCACACGCAAACUCAACUAGCACAAUAACUCUUAGUUCAAUGAUACUGUCGAUAACAAAAGGUAUCGCUAGCGAUGGCACAUAGUAUCGAAAAGUGAAUUUUUUGAAGUAUCGAUAGUAAUGCGUGGUAAAAUAUAUUCAUUUUCAUUGUUUACGCCUGUUUUAUCGCUUUUGUGUAUAACUGCGCCUGCGUCCGUACUUAAUUUACUACUAGUACUUACCCCAUUGAAAAUGUUCCGCCACUGUAACUUAUAUAUGCUGGGCCUGCUCCUUGUAGCCUCCGCUUGUCUAAUUUCCAACGUGGACGGCUACCGUCAAGGAUAUCGGCGUGCGUCAACAUCGACGCCAACGACGACAACGCCGCCUCCUCAAACGCCCAAGGAAUAUUUGGACAGCAAGUCGAGUUUCUCGACAUUCGGCAUUAUCGCCAUAAUAUUCACGUGCAUUGUGAUCUCUCUGGCGUUCUACUAUGGCAUCAUGUGCUAUCCUCUGCUGUGCCGCGAGGAUAAGAAAUACCGCUUCAUGGACGUGUCCACAAUCACGGCAGCCACAUCACGUUCUAUACAGUCAAUAGAAAACUAUCCCGUGGACCAAAAGCAUAAUCAUCAACUUGCCUAAAUCAUUGACAGAUAUAUGUAUCUUUUAACGUAUAGAAUGACUGCAAAGAACACAAACAUAUAUAUGCUGGGGACAGCAGACACGAUUUUAUACAGGUAUUUGACAUUCAUCAGGUUGCGGCCCAAAACCAAAACCAUAAGAAAAAACAAUUCAAGUCACGCUUCUUUCUUACAAUCUGGCGUAUCUUUAUCUCGAAAUUAAAACACGAUUUUGGGGAACUUUCUUUUGAGAGAUCCCCUAGAAUUAGUCUAAAGUAAACAAUUGCUCACUGGUUGUACUUAAAACACACCUUAUACUGAUUUUAUUCAUAUAUACCCUUAGAUUUAAAUUUAUGCAUUUAGCAUAGCGGCAAUUUUGAAAGAUUUGAUGCAUUUAGUACCUUAUUUACCUAAUGAUACUUGCAUGUAAGAUAAAUGUUUCAUAUAAUCUUGGCCAAUAUUGUUUU